GCAUCACGCCAACGCGCAAAGCCCAGAGUGAGGAGCCGAUACGACGGGAGCGCGCAGCACACCGCCGCGGCGCGCAUGCACAGCUGUCAGCACCAAGGACAGCAGCCGCUCAGCCCGGAGUGACCAGCCGAGCGAGCGAGGGAGCGAGAGAGCGACGCAUCGGUGCGAUCGCAGUCCGCACAGAGCGCACGGAGCAGCGGCUGCGAGGAGCGAUACUCACCCCGAGGAGUAUGGUUUGAGUUUUUUUUUUCUUCUUCAGCAGAGAAACAGAGAGAGCGAGAGAGAAGGAGAGAGAAGGAGAGAGAGAGGUUGAAGACAUUCUGCAGAGGAGGGCAAAAAAAAAAAAAAUGCGGUUUGGACGUCUGUGGUUAACAGCCUGCCCCUCGUAACGAUCAUGCACAUUCCUCCGCAUUGCACGUAAAUCCACCUAUUUUUUUUUUCCAAGCCUUCUUCUUCCUUUUUUGGCCUCCCCUCCCCAACCCUCUCCCCCACACCCCCCCCUAGUCUCUCUCUCUCUCUCUCUCUCUCUCGCCGCCCACCUGGAUCGUGUCUGCAGUCGAGCUCUCCACUGGCUUGAGCCGUGCCGCCGUCCAGAAGCUGGUCGAGCCGACCCGCCACCGGGGAGAAAAGCGACCGGGCCGCGCUGUGCUGUUUGGUGGUCCACACGAUGCGUCUGUUCCUGCUGGCGGUGCUCUUCUCGUGCUCCUGCGCGCGGGCCGGCUGCGAGCCGAAGAUCGUGAACAUCGGGGCGGUCCUCAGCCAGAAGAGGUACGAGCAGGUCUUCAAAGAUGCGGUGACCCAGGCCAACCAGGUGUACGGCCGGGACAAAUUCAAGCUGACCGCCAUCUCCGUAACGCACAAGCCCAACGCCAUCCAGAUGGCUCUGUCGGUGUGCGAGGACCUCAUCUCCAGUCAGGUCUAUGCCAUCCUGGUGAGUCACCCUCCACAGUCCAAUGACCACCUCACUCCAACGCCCGUCUCCUACACUGCAGGCUUCUACCGCAUCCCCGUGGUGGGGCUCACCACCCGCAUGUCCAUCUACUCCGACAAGAGCAUCCAUCUGUCCUUCCUGCGGACAGUCCCUCCCUACUCCCACCAGGCGCAUGUGUGGUUCGACCUGAUGCGCGAGUUCAACUGGAACCACAUCAUCUUGAUAGUGAGCGACGACCACGAGGGGCGGGCUGCUCAAAAGAGGCUCGAGACCCUCCUGGAGGAGAGGGAAACAAAGGCAGAGAAAGUCCUCCAGUUCAGCCAGGAGACUAACUUAACUGCCCUGCUGCUGGAGGCGAAAGAGCUGGAGGCCCGAGUCAUCAUCCUGUCCGCCAGUGAGGAGGAUGCUGCCGCAGUGUACAAGGCUGCUCGCUUCCUCAACAUGACGGGCUCGGGCUACGUGUGGCUGGUGGGCGAGCGGGAGAUGUCGGGUAAAGCCCUGAGCGAGGCGCCAGACGGUCUGAUCGGCCUCCAGCUCAUCAACGGGAAGAAUGAGUCAGCGCACAUCAAUGAUGCGGUGGCUGUGGUGGCUCAGUCCAUCCAGGAGCUCUUUGAGAAGGAGAAUAUCACAGAACCCCCGAGAGGCUGCGUGGGCAACACCAACAUCUGGAAAACGGGGCCGCUCUUUAAACGGGUGCUGAUGUCAUCUAAAUACCCAGAGGGCCUCACAGGACGUGUGGAGUUCAAUGACGACGGGGACAGGAAGUACGCGCACUACAGUAUACUCAACUACCAGAAGAGUCGACUCAUUCAAGUCGGCAUUUACAACGGAACACAGGUGGUAAUGAACAAUCAGCGGAAGAUCAUCUGGCCCGGAGGAGAGACCGAGAAACCACAGGGCUUCCAGAUGUCCACUCGAUUAAAGAUAGUGACGAUACACCAGGAGCCAUUUGUGUAUGUGAAACCCACGCAGCCGGAUGGAACGUGCAAGGAGGAAAUGACAUUAAAUGGAGUCUUAAUUAAAAAGGUUAUCUGCACUGGGCCCAAUGAGACCAUCCCAGGUAACACAUCAGGACGCCCAAUUGUACCCCAGUGUUGUUACGGCUUCUGUAUUGAUCUCCUGAUCAAGUUGGCUAUGACCAUGAACUUUACCUAUGAAGUGCACCUGGUGGCUGAUGGGAAGUUCGGAACUCAAGAGCGGGUGAACAACAGUAACAAGAAAGAGUGGAAUGGUAUGAUGGGAGAGCUCCUGGGGGGCCUGGCUGACAUGAUCGUAGCCCCGCUGACUAUAAACAACGAACGAGCCCAGUACAUCGAGUUCUCCAAACCGUUUAAAUACCAAGGCCUGACCAUCCUUGUUAAAAAGGAAAUCCCUCGCAGUACACUGGACUCGUUCAUGCAGCCGUUCCAAAGCACUCUGUGGCUGCUGGUGGGUCUUUCGGUGCAUGUGGUGGCGGUGAUGCUUUACCUACUAGACCGGUUCAGCCCUUUUGGAAGAUUUAAAGUAAACAGUGAAGAAGAAGAAGAAGAUGCCCUCACCUUAUCAUCUGCUAUGUGGUUCUCCUGGGGAGUGUUGCUGAACUCUGGUAUUGGAGAAGGUGCGCCGCGCAGCUUCUCAGCGAGAAUCCUGGGUAUGGUGUGGGCCGGAUUUGCCAUGAUCAUUGUGGCUUCUUAUACUGCCAACCUGGCAGCCUUCCUGGUGUUGGACCGGCCUGAGGAGCGCAUCACCGGCAUCAAUGACCCAAGGCUGAGAAACCCAUCCGACAAGUUCAUCUACGCCACGGUGAAGCAGAGCUCCGUGGAUAUCUACUUCCGGCGGCAGGUGGAGCUUAGCACCAUGUACCGCCACAUGGAGAAGCACAACUAUGAGAGUGCCGCCGAGGCUAUCCAGGCUGUGCGCGACAACAAGCUGCAUGCUUUCAUCUGGGACUCUGCGGUGCUGGAGUUUGAAGCCUCGCAGAAGUGCGACCUGGUGACCACGGGAGAGCUGUUUUUCCGUUCGGGCUUUGGCAUAGGCAUGCGCAAGGACAGCCCCUGGAAACAGAAUGUGUCCCUGGCCAUUCUCAGUUCUCAUGAGAACGGCUUCAUGGAAGACCUAGAUAAAACCUGGGUGAGAUACCAGGAGUGUGACUCAAGGAGCAAUGCCCCAGCCACACUCACCUUUGAAAACAUGGCAGGGGUCUUCAUGCUGGUGGCUGGAGGCAUAGCAGCAGGGAUCUUCCUCAUCUUCAUCGAAAUCGCCUAUAAGCGCCAUAAAGACGCCCGCAGGAAGCAGAUGCAGCUGGCCUUUGCGGCCGUCAAUGUCUGGAGGAAGAAUCUUCAGCCCUCUUCCUCUCUAGAGACUCAGGAUGAUAGGAAAAGUGGUAGAGCAGAGCCCGACCCCAAAAAGAAAGCCUCUUUUAGGUCCAUCAGUACCACCCUGGCCUCCAGCAUCAAGAGACGUAGGUCCUCCAAAGACACGCAGUACCCACCCACUGACAUCACGGGCCAACUCAACUUGUCUGACCCGUCUGUCAGCACCGUGGUGUAAAAGAGAGGGGGGAGACGUUCUGCUCCCCGAGGAGAGAGGAAACGAGGGAGCGGAGGGGAGAGGAAAAGGGAGGACCUGUCUCCUCGUUCCCUUCGCCGCUGAAACCGAAGCUUUGCCUGCCGACGGAGCUUUUGAGGAAAGACUUCUUGCCGGAGAGACGUGGCUGAAAAAGACGAAAAAAAAAAAAAGACAAAAAGAAGAAAACACUGAACUUGCACCUUUCUUUCAAAGUCAGGAUUAUCUGGCGUUAGAUGUUUGUAGGGUCCCUGAGCAUGCACAGAAGAAACCCAUCCGACUCACAUAUACAAUCUUUUCCUUCUGUAUGUUAAUAGCUGAACUUAUUUAACCUUGUUUUCGUCCUUUUAUUCAUGGGAAUUUAUUAAUGUUUGAUGUUAACUACUUUCAGAUUUAUUGAGCAGCUGUAGGACUUUAGCGAGCCAGGUUUAGUUUGGUUAAGUCAACGGAUAAACUAGUUUUUGGUGCAAGUACCGUACUCCACAUAUCACUUCCCAAUUAGGGCUUAGACACAAUAGUAAUAUCUACUUUUUCUUAUCAACAUUUACUGCAAUACAAGACUGUACUGUAAGCUUCAAUGGAUAUCACGUAUUUUUUUAAUAGGAACUACCUGUGUUUUUAUCAACACUUUAAAAGGUUUAUAGACACUGUUUCAUUAUUUGAAGCACUAAUCGUGGCACCAGUGACGAGGAAAGGAUUCAUCUUGUCUACCAGUGAAGAUGAUGGAAGCAUGUGUGUGUGCUUGUAUAAGAGUUUUAUGUAUCUGAAUGAUGAAAUUGUUUAUUGUCAUUUUGAAGGAUAUAUCUGUAUCAUAUCUUCCCCCUUUCCCCUUUACUUUUGUACUAAUAUGCCAAAUGCAUGUUUUUUUAAUCCUAGUAAGACGAAAGAUCUGUUAAGCUUUACUACUAUUGAUCCAAACAGAUACGCAGGUGACUACUUGAGCUGACAGAUUAAUUUGCAGUCUGAUGAAACAGUUCAUUAAAAUGUUUUUUGUUUUUUUUUUUCUUUUUGUUUAUUUCCAUCCAAACACGUUUGAGAACGUAAGCCAUGAUACGCUGGGGGACGCCCUCUCUCUCUUCCUCUCUCCCGCCGCAGCAGUCUUUCUCUCUUCCAGUCUCCGAGGGGUUGCAUCAAAGGGCCAGGUUUUUCACCCAACCAGCACUCGGUCUUUCAUGCAAAACUUCCUCCCAGAAGAGAACUUUUACAUGAGGGAACCCGAGUGAAUUGAAAGCGUGGCUCAGUUUGCGAGCGCGGUUAGAUGCGAAAACAGGCCGUUUCCCAUUUUCUGGAGCUGAGAAACCACUGCUGUUCGAUGACAAAGACUAUCACAUCCUGUCUGGUGUCUGGCACUGCAUAUAGCACUUUAUGCUGAGGGGUCUCCCAAACUGUAAAAAAAAAAAAAAAAACACACCAAGAAACUAGAACAGAACCACUACAACAUCAGUCACAGUUAGUACCUCCUCCAUCAGAAGUGUUUAUUUCCACAAAUCUCUUUUGAAACGACCACACACAGUCCUAACACGCAAUUUGGUUUCUCAACUUGAACCAAGAGUUUGCUUCUGAUCCUGUUCCCAUUCCAGCCUAUGCAUGCUUACGUGUUUCUAACAGUGCUUUGGUUUGUUUUUGGAUGCCUGCUGUCGCUGAUUACAGUUAGCCGAGCUUUGCGGAGCACUUAAAUUGAAUGAACUGUAAAUAAAGUUUGGUUCAGUGUAAAUAGGGAUGAGGAGAUCGCACUGCGCUUGUAUUACGACUGCAACUGAGAAUGUUUCGAACCAUAAUUUCUCACACACAGACACACACACACAAACACACACACUAAACCCCAUAAGGGAGAAACCACUUGUUUUUCUUACCUUUUCCAGUGAAGAUCUUGCAUUGACUCAUCCUGUUUAUACAACUGUAAAUAAAAUAUACUGACAUUGACAAGUC